AUGGACCUAUACCUGAAAGGGAAACAAGGCUAUGGCAGUGUAACCGGACUUCCUUAUCCACUUGAUGGUCUUUCAAGAAGCCCAAACACAUCAGCAGUGAAUUUGAGUGGAUUUUCAAAAGACAAGGUUGGCGGCAGCUUAGAACGUCUAAACAAAGCUGGUCAAGAGUUGUGGAGCGAGCAAAACCAUUCAGUUAGUAUGGCCAAUAUCUCCGGACUUAUACCGGGAGCGACGAGAAAGAGAAAACUGUUAUGA